AUGAAGCAAGUUAAAUUCGUCCCACACCAAUCUCAAUGGACCGAUGAAGAGUUUCAAGCUAUAGUUGAAGGUGUUGAGAACGACAUAGACGGCGAACUUGAAGGAGCUCAAAUCACAAUUGCAACCAAAAUUGCAGAAGUCAAGGAACAGAUAGCUCCACUUAAAGCUACCAAAGCUACUCUUGACCUCAUGGAUAGUUACCGUUUAGAUGUCAAGAGUGGAAUAAGACAAUUAAAAUUAAAACUUCUAAACUACGAAGCUAUACUCCAAAAGUUAGCAGAAAUGAGAAGACUUUACCAGAGCUACUUACAUGUAAGAGACUUACCUUCAAGCAGUCCGACCAAAGAUGAAUUUUCUGACAUUGUCCCAAUUUUGUCCGAAAGUCAGCUCAGAUGUUUUGAACUGCUCCCAACAUAUCCAGAAUAUGAACGUUUGCCUGAACUCUUCCGCAAUCUCAAAAAAC